AUGACGAAUGGGUAUACCAAUGAAAUCAGUGGUAACAAAAUUCUAGUAAGAUAUUCAUAUAUUGGGACUAAUUAUCAUGGCUCUGCGUAUCAAAAAGGUGUAGACACUGUAGAAUCCCAUUUAAUAAAUGCGCUUACUAAAAGUGGACUAAUUGUAGACAUUUACAAUUGUGACUAUUGCAAAUGUUCAAGGACAGACAAGGGUGUACAUGCUAGAGCAAAUUAUAUAUCUUUAUUUGCAUUAAAUAAUAUUCCAAAAUUACAUUUAAUGAAUAUAAAUAGACUUAACAAAUAUCUACCAAAUGAUAUAUGCAUAACAAAAAUAUUCCCUGUUCAUAGUACAUUCUCCUGUCGUUAUGAUUGUAAGGGUAGAAUUUACAAAUAUUUUUUCAAUUCUACGAACUUGAAAAUAUGUGAAAUGGCAGAAGCUGCACAACUAUUCAUUGGAGAACAUGAUUUUAAGUUGUUUUCCAAAAGGAAUAGGGGCCUAACCAAGUCUACAAUUAAGGAAAUAACUGAGUUUCAAAUCGCAGCAUUUGCUUCUGGAUUACAUGUAGCUACUAUUAAGGCAAGGUCUUUUCUUUGGCACCAGGUUCGUUGCAUGAUGGGAGCUUUGAUAAUGAUUGGUAGUGGCCAAUUAACAAUGCAACAAUUGAGUGACAUGUUGAAACUUAAAAGUAAUGUGAAAUGUUACUUAAUGGCACCAGCAGACGGAUUGUUGCUGUAUGAUUGCCUUUUUGAUAAUAUUGAUCCCAUGGAAGGUGAUGUAACAUAUUUUCAGGAUUAUUUUAAUCGCAUGAACAUACUACAUUCAGUGGUAAAUUUUAUUGCAAACGGCACAAACAAUGAUGAAAUUAAUAAGGAUGAUCGCAAAUUAACUUUGAAUAUAUAA